AUGUCUGCUCCUCAUAAUCUUGACUUUGCACACAUUAACCUCUACUUGGCCAUUACCAAGGGCUGCCAGUGCGCGCCCGCGCACUGGAUCAUUCUUAUGCAACAUCCAGGAAGUCCGGAAUGCACUUGGCUUCACAGUGUUAUUAACGAGGACAACCAAUAUGAGGUUAUGAUUGAGCCAGCUAAGCGCUUCGAUAGCUGGUCCUUCGCUUCCAAGGACUUUCUUGUCCGCCUUCCUAUUUGUCAAAAGUCCACUAUACUUGCCAUGGCUAAAGCUGUCCCUGCGCAGAGCUGCCAAUGCUGGGCAUCUUAUAUGCUUCUUCGCUUCCAGAACUAUGGCUAUCUUGAUCAAGGCACUUACGAGGUCUGGCGCGACCUCCAUAUGACCUCUCGUCGCCUGGAUCGGGGUCCUGGUUGCAUGGUGUGCCAGUGUUAA